GAAUUAAAAAGUUUUUCAGUUAUUUCCAAAUUUUAGAGUCGGUUUUUAAUUUUCAAAUUUUUGAACUGACUUUUCUUUUAAUAUUCAUCACGAUAAUUAAUCAACCUUCAUUGCCUAUAAAUACUUGACUUCUUUCUGUUUGCCACACUCAAACUGCAUCAAAUAUUUUGAUAUCCAUACACAAAAGAAAGCUAGUGCUUUUUUUGGACACUGAAAAUGGGAGUUUUGUCCAAGAUGGCUACUAAUGACCGCCAUGGGGAAAAUUCUCCUUACUUCGAUGGGUGGAAGGCAUUUGAAAGGAAUCCUUUUCACCUUACCCAGAAUCCUGAAGGAGUUAUCCAAAUGGGUCUUGCAGAGAAUCAGCUUUGCUUAGAUUUGAUCGAAGACUGGAUUCGCAAAAAUCCCUAUGCCUCCAUUUGUACUGCUGAAGGAGUUGAUGAGUUCAAGGAGAUUGCAAACUUUCAAGAUUAUCAUGGCUUGCCAGAGUUUAGACGGGCUGUGGCAAAGUUUAUGGGAAAAGUGAGAGGUGGAAGAGUAACAUUUGAUCCAGACCGUAUAGUCAUGGGCGGUGGAGCUACAGGCGCAAACGAGCAAAUCAUCUUCUGUUUAGCCGACCCUGGCGAUGCUUUUCUUGUACCCUCACCUUAUUAUCCAGCGUAA